AUGUCGUUUCUACCACUAAUUGGCGGAAUCGGAAUCCGAUAUUACGGCUUCCCUUUUGAGCACUACUUCGCCACGAUCUUCACGAUUACGGUAGCUUUCUAUGCUUCGGUUGUCACAAAUUCAGUGUUCCAGCUGGGGCUGCUCUAUCGCCUGCUAAUUCUAUAUGAGCAUUCAUGGCCGAUGCGGAGGAAGCGGAACCUAUUUUUGUUGCUAGUCCCGCUGCAUCAUGGCGUUAUCGGGAAUACGCUGACGUUCGGCCUCGCCUACCCCCGCCAAGAAGCCUGCAGAGCCUAUUUUGCUUAUCACGUGACGAACAGUGCGGAAUGCCUGGCCUCCGGACAUAUCCUUCUCAUGCUGCACCGUGAUAUCAGCCCAUGGUGGGAUGUCACCUACGUCGGAUUUAUUAUUGGUCUUGGCAUCUACGUCGUCAAUAAUUCAAUAAUUAUCACGUUGACGUUGCGUCGGAUCAAGGCCCUGGGCUCCCUGAUGAGUCGAGUGGCCAGGGCGCGGCAUCUAGGAGCAUUAUAUGCUUUGUUACUGCAGGCCGUAAUGCCAGUGAUCGUCUACAUCGUUCCUCUGAUUUUAAUCAUGACGGCCGUCACUUCUAACAAGGAAAUCCCACAUAUGCAGAUCCUUAUUUUGAACCUACUGAACAAUAUUCUACCAAAAAUGACGCGUUUCGACUUUGAGGGUGGCACCUAUUAUUUCACAGAAACCCCAAAAAAUCUGACGAUCAACCUCGAGAUCCGGCGGAUUAUUGAGCCGCUCUAUUGGUCUGUGCUGCCGCUCUCAAUUUUUAUAAAUCUACUGGGAGGAUAUUGUAUUGUCAAGAAGUCGACGAAGGAUAUGGGGAGAUAUAAAUGGUUUCUUGGGUAUAUUUGGAUCUGGGCGUUUAUCGUCGAUAUGCUCAUCGCUUUAUGGCUUCAACCCCUUUCUUUUAUACCUCUAACUGGCGGUAUUGGGUUGAGACACCAUGGAUUUUGGCUAGAGUACAAUGAAAUCUAUAUGUUUGGAAUUACGUUACUGGCCUUCCUACACCUCCAAGUCGUUGCGGCUCUUACCACAUAUUCAAUGUCCAGUGUCCAGCAGCCAGCGGCUAGAGCUUAUUUGGCUUUUCACGUCUUGAAUUACCAAGAAAUUCUGGACUUUGGUCAUAAUUUAAUGCUUCUCCAUGGUGACCUAAACCCGAUGUGGGACACGACAAAUUGGGCGAUGAAUAUAGGCACCGGCAUCUUCAUGGUGAUCAAUGUCGCUGUCAUAACCCAGAUAUUUCGCCGCUUAAAACAAAUCGGCUUAUUGAUGAGUCGAGAAGCUUUUAGAAGGCACAUGAAGACGUUGAUCGCUUUGCUUUGCCAGGCCCUGAUCCCACUAGCUACCUAUAUUAUCCCAAUCAUCAUCAUCUUAGCUGCUGUUAAAGCGAAUUACGAGGGCGAUUACUUACAAGCCGCCUCCUGCUACAUCAUCGUGUUAAUGUCGACUCACGGUGCCUUGAAUUCAUUAGUAAUGAUCUGCACGCUAUGGGCUUUCCUCGUCGACAUCAUCCUCUCAUUUUUGAUACAGCCUCUAUCUUUUAUGCCGUUAGUUGGCGGGACGGGGCUGCGCCACUUUCGAUAUUCUUUCGAAUCCGAUGAGGCUUACCUUUUCGGGGUUACGGUAUUCGCAGUGGUUUGCAUAAACCUGUGCGAGAUGUCCAUCCAGGUCGGUUUUGUCUAUCGUCUCCUACUUCUUUACGAACGCUCAUGGCCGAUGCGGAGAAAACGAAACCUUUUUCUUCUACUCGCUUUUCUGCACCUUGAGAUCCUCGGAACGGUCGUGACCUAUUCAAUGUCACGGGUCCCACAACCUGCCGCAAAGGCCUACCUUGCGUAUCAUCUCCUCAACGCUCAAGAAUUUCUGGCGAGUAAUGAAAACUUGCUGAUGCUGCACGGGGACCUGAACCCGAUCCACCGUCGUUUUCCUAUCCAUCACUACCGCAGUGAUAUUUCAAAUAUUUCGGCGACUAAAAGCUAUUGGCGACCUGAUGAGCCACGCGACGAGGCGAAAGCAUCUCAAAACGGCGAUAGCAUUGAUAGGCCAGUCGUUUCUUGCUAUGUAAUCGUGCUGAUGUCGUCGCAUGGUGCCUUGAACUCGCUGGUGAUGAUCGCCACCGUGGCUUCCUACAGACAUUUUUGCAAAUCUGUGAUGCGAAAAUUCAUGUUUUCCUCGACCCUCAUGGGCCAUGGCGCCCUAUGGGCCUUUUUUGUCGACAUCAUCCUCUCAUUUUGGAUACAGCCUUUAUCAUUUAUGCCGCUAGUCGGCGGGAUGGGUCUUCGCAACUUUCGAUAUUCUUUCGAAUCCGAUGAGGCGUACCUUUUUGGAGUGACGGUCUUCGCAAUGCUUUGCAUAAACCUCUGCGAGAUGUCCAUCCAGGUCGGUUUUGUCUAUCGUCUCCUACUUCUCUACGAACGCUCGUGGCCGAUGCGGAAGAGACGAAACCUUUUGUUGGUACUCGCUAUUCUGCACCUUCAGAUCCUCGGAACAGUCGUCACCUAUUCCACGUCCCGUGUACCACAACCUGCUGCAAAGGCCUACGUUGCGUAUGCCAUAACCCCUCUAACAACUUAUAUAAUCCCGAUCGUUGUUAUUAUGGCUGCCAUGCUGGCCAACUAUCAGGCCGACUAUUUUCAAGUCGUUUCUUGCUAUGUAAUCGUGCUGAUGUCGUCGCAUGGUGCCUUGAACUCGCUGAUGAUGAUCGCCACUGUGGCUUCCUAUCGACAUUUUUGCCAAUCUUUCGUGCGAAAGCUCCUGUUUUCCUCGACCCUCAUGGGCCAUGGAGCCUUGUGGGCCUCACUGGUCGAUAUCCUAAUUUCAUUCUGGAUCCAGCCGCUCUCAUUUAUGCCAAUGACCGGUGGGAUAGCGAUCAGGAACUAUCAAAUCUCAUGGGAGCGGAGUGAGGCAUAUAUCUUUGGAUGUACGUUACAGGUCUUUGCAUUACUUUGCAUCAACCUCUGCGAGCUGUCGAUCCAACUUGGCUUCGUCUAUCGCUUGCUACUUCUUUACGAACACACUUGGGCCAUGCGCAGAACUAGGAAUUUGAUAAUGCUUCUAAUGGUCUUCCAUCUUCAAGUAGUUGGGGCGAUGGUGACCUACUCGAUGUCUAGCGUGCCUCAAGAAUCCGCAAGGGCAUAUGUAGCGUAUCACGUUCUCAACGCUGCCGAUAUCCUGGCCAUAAACCCAAAACUUUUGAUGCUGCACGCGGAUCUGAAUCCGAUGUGGGACACCACAAUGUUUGUGAUGAACUUUGGCAGGUCCACCGCCAUCUUCAUGGUCAUCAACGGGGUCGUUAUCUUUAAAAUCUUUCACCGCCUAAAAGCUAUUGGGUUUUUGAUGAGCCGCGUCGCGAGGGGACGGCAUUUGAGGACCGUGUUCGCGCUGCUUUGUCAGGCCGUUAUUCCAUUCGUUACCUAUAUCAUCCCGAUCGUCGCUAUUUUGACGGCCGUUAGAGCAAAUUACCAAGGAGACUAUUUGCAAACGGUCUCUUGCUACGUUAUCGUGUUAAUGUCUACGCACGGAGCUCUGAACUCCUUGGUUAUGAUCGCUACAGUAGCGUCCUAUCGCCAUUUUUGCAAAGCCUUUCUUCGAAAGUUACUGUUUUCCUCGACCAUCAUGGGCCACGGGGCGGCCAGCUCGAACUUGUGGUCGCGGACGGAUAGUAAUAAUCAGCAGCGGAAU